AUGGCGGAUGAUAAGGUCGGCCAGACGGCGAGCGUCACCAUUAUGCUGAUGACCUUCAUCACGCUCACUGUCGCCAUGAGGACAUUUGUACGAGGCGUGUUCUUGAGGAGUCUUGGAUGGGACGAUACACUGGUGAUAAUUAGCUGGGUGCUCGCAAUGGCUCUUUGCAGCGCUAUACUUGCCAUGACGGGUGUUGGCUUGGGUUCGCAUUUUCAAGACGUCCCACAAUCCGACUUUGCCCAAUUCCUCAGAUAUCAAGUCGUUACACAACUUACCUAUAUCUGGGCUUUUGUGACUGUCAAGAUGUCGUUCGCUGUUCUCUACCUCCGACUGCUCCCAGAUCAAGUAUAUCAACGAAUCAACAAGUUUCUCAUCGCCUUAUUGCUUGCGGAAGGUAUCGAAGAGACUGCAGUGGUUAUCUUCAGAUGUGCUCCUAUUCAAAGAGCCUGGACACCGUCUGUGCCUGGAACGUGCCUGGACCUGACCAUCUUUUAUUACUCUGCCUUUGUUAUCAAGUUGUUGACAGAUCUGGUGCUUUUCAUCCAGCCUAUUCCAACAAUCUGGAAGCUGCAGUUACCCAUUGCCAAGCGAUGCGGUGUUAUUUUCAUGUUAUCCCUAGGCUUACUGGUUUGCGUUAUUUCCGUUAUCAGAGUUAGCUACAUUAAUGCGUUCGAUCGGGACGUUACUUUUUUGGUUGCCGACCCCCUACUUUGGUCAGAAGUAGAAGUCUGUGCCCUCAUCAUCUGCUCUGGCGUUCCUUCAUUGAGACCUUUGAUAUCCCGCUUCCCGGCCCUGAACAAGGCACUCGGCCUCUCAACAGGCAAAUACUCAAAAAGAUAUUACCCCAAUCAACGAACGACGAUAGGCGGCUCCAAACCCUACCUGGGACAGAAUGCGUACUCAAGGGCAGCGCAAAAACAGGGCCUGGGAAAGCUAUCGCAGAAUUCAAGUUCGUACGGCCCUUCUACACGCACCAAUACUGAGAGUAUGGAGAACAUCCUACCACUAGAACUAGACCAGCCUUUUUCAGCACAAGGCGUGGAGAUGGGCAUAAUCAAGGUGAAGAAUGACAUAAGACCAACAUCAGAAGAGGUCAUGGACCCGUACUUCCCGGCGGGAAGGCCCAUGGCGAGGCGGAAGAGUCGAGCAGACAUCCACAAUGGCACAGGUUGGAUAUCAGACGACUAG